AUGCUCGACUACCUCCUCUCGCACCCCACCACACAAGCAUCAUCAGUCCCCAUUAUACCCCUACCCACACUCUGGAACACUCUCAUGGACAGUUUGACCCCCAUCUGGCCGGCAACGAGGACACAAAUCGACGGUGUACCCAUGGGCGACGCCUGGCCGUGCUCCGUCAUGCCAUCGCAUCCUACCCACCCGUGGGAGAACAUUGUCCCUUUCCAUAAGCUGACACAAUGGAUGACCUACUCGCUAAUGGUGCCAAUGACGAGGCUACUCCACGUUCACUUCCCCGGCGCUGAGCUUCUGACCGGGUUGCCAGAAUACCGAAACGGUGGACUUUUCAUUGACGUCGGCCUCCUAACGCUCAAGCCCGAUGACCAGAAGCGCGGCCUCGCACAAUACCAACGCAACGCACAGGUGACAGGGCAACCGAGCAUGGAGGUUGUGCCGAUGUUUACCGCCGACGAUGACGUGAUCGUAGAAUGGCGCGCAGUCACUGUCGGGUUACUCGACGAUCUCCUAGUCGACGUAAAUCAGCUGUUGGGCUUGAGCGGCUCUGACAAGCUCAAUCUGGCCCAAAUGUUGGAAGCUGGUAGUUGGAAGGGAGGUCGAGAGAUUGCUGAAGUGUCGCGGCCCAACACUAAAGAACCGCCAAUCAUGAUCCUCUCGGACGGCACUGUUUUCUAA